GGAAGCAUGUCUCAGGCUCAGCCCGCUCCGGGGGCGCACGGAGAGAAACACAAGCAGGAGAAACCCUCAACAAGCGCACAAUUCAAACUGCCAGGCACCAAGGAUGUAAACGAGGAGGACCUGCUGAGGGAAAUUGAAGAUUUGAGAUCUGAAAACGACUACCUCAAGGAUGAAGUGGACGAGCUGCGAGCGGAGAUGGAGGAGAUGCGAGACAGCUACCUGGAGGAGGAGGUCUACCAGCUCCAGGAGCUGCGGAGGGAACUGGACCGAUCCAACAAGAACUGCCGCAUCCUGCAGUACCGCCUGCGAAAGGCCGAGCAGAAGAGCCUGCGGGUCGCACAGACGGGCCACGUGGACGGAGAGCUGCUCCGUAGUCUGGAGCAGGACCUGAAGGUGGCGAAAGACGUGUCGGUGCGUUUGCACAACGAGCUGGAGAGCGUGGAGGACAAACGCAGCAGAGCCGAGGAUGAGAACGAGCUGCUCAGACAGAAGAUCAUCGAGGUGGAGAUCUCCAAACAGGCGCUGCACAACGAGCUGGAGAGGACCAAAGAGACUGCUCUGAGGAGACGAGGAAGCAGGGAGACAUUUAAAGACAAGAAAUCCUCAAGUCAGGAGGACAGUGCAGACCUCAGGUGCCAGCUCCAGUUCUCCAAAGAGGAGUCUGGCCUGAUGAGGAAAAAGAUGGCAAAGCUGGGCCGGGAGAAGGAUGAACUGGAGCAGGAGCUGCAAAAGUACAAAUCCAUUUACGGGGACGUGGACAGUCCUCUUCCUCUGGCUGAAUGCUCUGGCGGAGGCCCUCACACCACUCGAGAGGCUGAGCUGCGAUUACGGCUGAAGCUGGUGGAGGAGGAGGCUAACAUCCUGGGCAGGAAGAUUGUGGAGCUGGAGGUGGAGAACCGCAGCCUGAGGGCAGAAAACGAAGACAUCCGGUGUCAGUACGAAAGGGACUGCUUCGGGCGCGAACCCUUCUCCAGCAUGCCCUCGUCGCCGUAUGGUGGUGAUGCGCUGGAGUCGGCCAGUGAGCUACGUCGCCAUCUCCAGUUUGUGGAGGAGGAGGCUGAGCUGUUGCGCCGCUCCAUCUCAGAGAUCGAAGACCACAACAGGCAGCUGACAUCUGAACUCAAUCGCUUCAAAUUCGGCCCAAGCAGCAGCUCUGGGCCAGUCGGCGAGGAAGGUAGUGAAGGAGGGCUGUUCAAACCUGGUAAUGGAGGGAAUGGAAAUGGCUCCAGUACCGGGAUGAUGAUGGAGGAGCUUAAGUCAGCCAGGAUGCAGAUCAACGAGCUGAGUGGAAAGGUGAUGAAGCUGCAGUACGAGAACCGUGUCCUCAUGUCAAACGUCCAGCGCUGCGACCUGGCCGCACACCUCGGCCUGCGCACCGGCAGCCCUCGAGACAGUGACGCAGAGAGUGACGCAGGCCGGCGAGAAGCCGCUGAGGACGAGGAGGCAGGGCGACUUCUUCUUCUUCAUCCCAAGAGAGAGGGCCCUAUCGGAGGAGAGAGUGACUCUGAAGACAUGUUUGAGAAAACAACAACCACCUCAGGGUUCGGAAGCAUCAAACCAUCAGAUGGCAGCGAGCUCAGCGCCAUCGAACUGGCCAAUCGCAGGAGGGAAGAGCGGGAGUCAUUCAGCAAUGUGAAGCGAGAGGCCGAAAGGCUCGGGAAGACAGUUGACCGACUGAUCACGGACACUGACAGUUUGAUCUUUGAGGGCAGGCUGCUGGUGACGACAGGAGAGAGCUUGGAUGGAGGGGCGGUGUCCGGAUCCAAACCAGACACCCAGGUCCUGGACACCAUCAACACUCGCAUGAAGGCCUUCCGCACUGAGCUCCACAUCUUCAUGGAGAAGUUGGAUCAUGUAGGGGAGGGGCUGAGAGAAAGGACAGAUGAUCUAUCACCCAUGCCAAACCUCACAGAGUCCAGCAGCUUCCUGUCCACAGUCACCUCCAUGUCCCGAGACUCUCCCAUUGGCACCUUUGGAAGAGACCUGGUGACGGACUUCCAGGAAGAUGAGCUUUUGCGUCUGGAGGCCCAGCGUGGAGGUCUGGAGCUGCAGGGGCUUCAGAGUCAUGAGGUGCCCUGGACUCAGGAGAGGGCCAUGCUGCAACAAGAGGUUCGCCUGUUCAGACGCAACACCAUCAUCUUCUACAUGAAGCUCAGGUGGAUCCUUAUGCACUGGAGGCUCAGCCGCAAGGACGACUCCGGAGAGGAGACGGCGCACCCAGAGUUUGAGAAGUUGGAGGGCAUCCCAGAGCUGGGAGUGAUAACGGAGCAGGUGGAGGGGGAGUCAGAUCGAGACGACAGAAUGUGUUUACCACAAACUCCAGGGGACGUCCCGGAUCCGGUGCCCAUAAUCCCUCUGCCGUCACCCGAUCAGCACCUGCAGCAUCAAAAACAGUUCGGGGAGAACAGUCGGGUGCUGCAGGCCCUGCGGACGCUGCUGGAGGAGUUUCGAGAGGAGCUGCGAGAGGAGGAGACGCGGCGAUGGCAACUGCAGCAGUCUUACGCCAAUGACAAAGCCGCCUGGGAGGUCAAGUGGGCAGAGAUGAAGUGCCAGGUUGCACAGUUGGAGGAGGAGGCAGGAAGCAAGGUGCGAGGUGAAGCACAGGGAGGCGAAGGGGAACCUGCCGGAGACCCCGAGUGGGCCUUGAAGCUGGAGCGUGAGGAGCACAGGCGUCUGCUGUCCGAGAGCCACAGCACCUCCUUGGACCUCCGCUGGAAGCUGCAGCACGGGGAGAAGAGGUGGAGCCGCGAGAGGGCAGAGCUCUUGGAGCGCUUCGACCAGGAGCGGCAGGAGUGGGACGGCAGCAUGAGAGAGCUCCACCGCAAGAUGGAGAGGAUGCAGAGAGAGCUGAACUCCCGGCGAGGCGAGGGCAUCGACGUCAAAGACGGCAGCUCGGGCCACAGAGGCGUGUUCUCUCCUCAGGACAGUCCCUGCAAUGCCCCCCGGUCUCCUCGCUCCCCACGUUCCCCCUGUUCCUCCACCCCUGUCCUGGUUCCUCCCACUCGCUCCCACUCUGACUCUGAGGCCAUGCUGGAGGUGCAGGGGGCUGCCAUGAGGCUGAAAGGUCCGACGGAGAACCUGUUCCUGGAUGCGUUGACUCUGGACCCGCUCAGCGGCCUAGAGGUCCCCCCACCCUCCAGACUGGAGAGUGAGAAGAGGUUCCCCUGCAUGAAGGAGGCCCUGAAUGAGAUUUCGGAGAGAGAAGCUGAUCCUGCGUACCCAGAGGAGGAGAUGGGCGGAGGGAGUCUGCUCAGAGCCAAGUCCGUGUGCUCCAUGAGUGACUUCCAGAGGCUAAUGGACAGCUCGCCGUUCCUCCCUGACAAAACUCGCCACGGGGAUCAGGGCCAAGACGACGUCACUCCUCCUCUGUCGCCAGACGACCUUAAGUACAUUGAGGAGUUCAACAACAAGGGCUGGGACUUCCCAUCAUCCACCUCUGGCCCGGGUCCUGCCCGGGAUGUGUGGACAGAAAAAACCUCCGAGGCCCGGGGAGGGGAGCCCGUUCCUGAUCCAUUCCAGCCAGCCUCCUGGUUCCUCACCACCAGCGCCACGUUGACCACCAGCACCCUGAGCAGCCCUGAGCACUGCCACAAGUCCCCGGUGAGGGGCAACGGAGCAGGGGCGACAGGGGUGGGAGUGGAGCACUAUGGGGUGCACAUCCUCCACAGCCCUACCAGAUCUGGGGCAGCUGAGCGCCCUACUGCCCAAGACCCAGACUUCCUGUACGCCAAGGGGACCAAAGCUAGGGGCGGAGGAGAGGCAGGGGUGGGAGCUGGCGGGCCAGAUGAGGUGUUUGGCAGUGGGAGGUGGCCAUGUGGGCUUCUGGAGGGUGGUGGGCUGAGGACUUCUCCUAGUCAAUCUCCUGUCUGCCCCACGGUAGGCUACGCCUCCUCACUGGAGCUUCAGCUCGCCAGAAACAUGAGCGAUGACAUGAAGGAGGUGGCCAUCUCUGUGAGAAACGCCAUCCGCUCUCCACCAGUGCCUGUUGUCCGGGACACAGCCUGCCAGACCAACGGAUUCACCACGCGAGGCACUCAGACCACCCAGACCAUCAGUGUGGGUCUACAGACGGAUUUGCUGAGGAACCUGACCAGCAGCCCCCACCGCUGCCUCACCCCGAAAGGUGGCAGCACGCCCAUCUCCUCGCCGUCACGCAGCCUGAGGAAGGUUCAGUACUCUCCUGUGGUCCAGAGCAAGUUUGAACGCCCCUGCUGCUCACCAAAGUACGGCUCACCCAAACUUCAGCGCAAACUGUCCACGUCCAGCAAGACUGAUCUACCCAAUACCAGCCGCGCCCCCACCCCCACCACACCCCAGAAGGGCAACAGUGAGUCGGCAUGGGCCCGCUCCACCACCACUCGCGACAGCCCCGUCCACACCACCAUCAACGACGGCCUCUCCAGCCUCUUCAAUAUCAUCGACCACACCCCUGUGGUCUACGACUCCAUGCAGAAGUUCAACAAGUCCCCCAGUCGCUCUCGCCCCACCCCGCCCUCCACCACUGAGCCCAGCCCUGCUCACGGGGCUCUCGCCACGGACCCCAGAAAUGUGCAAGAGUGUUUGCGGACUGCUCGAGGGCGCUCGCCCAGCCCCGUGCAGCUGAUAGUGGAGACGCAGGGGGACAAAAAUCCAGAGGUGGUGAGCAUACGGCAGGACCUGUCGGCCCCGCCAGGCUACACGCUGGCUGAGAACGCAGCCCGCAUCCUCAAUAAGAAGCUGCAGGAGCAGAACUUUAGGGAGGAGAGGAGGCUGCAGGCUGGAGGACAGAGCAGCCACAGCAGAGACAGCAGCAGGCAGGCCGACUCAGACAGAGGACAGUCUGGAUGUAUGGAGGACCUGCCUCGCUCUCCGGUGGCUCCGCCCCUGGACUCCUGCUUCCUGAGACCCGCCCGCCCGGCCAACCGCAGACCCCCCUCGCGCUGGGCCGCCCGCUCUCCCUCCUCCUCCCCCAAGUGGAGCGAGGGCUCGAAGAGGAGGUUCACCUUUCCGCCGCCGGGACACUGGAAGACCAUCCUGGAGGGCGAGGAGCCGGCAUGAGUCCGUCCUCUACCUCCUCUCGCCCUCUUCCACCUCAGCCUAAAAAGACCCAGUACCUCAGAAAACCCCCUCCCCCCCCAAAAAAACUAGAGACUCCCUAAGAGACAGAGCCUGACAGGGGAGGGGGGGUUGGGAUCCACCCAGUAGCACCAGCUGACCAUCGGGGAACCAGAACUUCUAUGUAGAAGAACCUGGAAUGUACUGUAUCUCAUCAAAAGAGACAUAAAAACAUUUCCAUAAGAGGUGCCUGCACACACUUGAGUUAAUCAUCACCCCACAUGUGUGUAUAUAUGUAUUUAAUACAUACAUAUAUAUAUAUAUAUAAAUAUAUAUAUAUUUUAGUAACUUUAGUAAAUGUAGUUCUGCUGUUGCAUUUGUUUGAAGUUUACACCAUUUUUUUUCUCAUCUGUUUCUACUUUUCUUUUCUAUGUGGUUUACGUUGUCCUGCAUCAGUUCAUGCUCAAACUAUUUUUUUUUUAAAAGAGCAUUCGUUCAUUUUUUUUUUUUUUUUCUGUUGCCAGCCUCUGAAGCUUGACUCGUCUGUUUAGUUUCAAGGAGAGGAAGAACAACACAAGCAAACAAACAAACAAACAAGCAAACACACAAACAAACUAUAAAACAACUUCUGCUUCAUCGGGUCUGAAGCAGAGACACAUGAUGUCAUUUCUGAUGCUAAUGUCCUUAUUUAUUUUUACGUUGGGAUGAAUGUUCGGCUCUGUAAACAAGUAGACGAUGGUCGACAACAAACUUUAACCUUAUGCAUAUUUGGAAGGCAGUUGUACAAAUAUCAGUCAAAUAUUUGCAUGCCUUUUGAACACUAGCAUGUACAUAUUGAGCUCUAGUCAUUUGUGAUCACUCAGCUCCGCCGUGGGGGAAAAAGAAAAAAUGUUGUGAUGGGAACUCUCGAGCUGUCGUUUUUUGUUGUCACAUGAUUUGCAAUGACGAAAAUAAAAACAGUUUUUAAGUAAAUUAUUGUACCUACCAGACUGUCUUUGUAUAGUUGUUACUAUUGGAUAUGAAUUACUUUUUCUUUUGACAAGAAAAAGGGAUUG